CCCGACGGCCAUUGAGGCUUUACCCUCGUGAGUGAAUCACCCAAUCUUACACCUCGGGGUCAAGCAUGACUGACUUUUACUUCAUCCAAAGAUGCUUGCCUGAGAACCUCUGGCCGGGCCCCGCCGCAUACCGACCGCACCACGCAAGCUCAGCUGCCUCCACGCAUACGGUCACUAGCCGCAAGUUAGCUCUCCCCAUCCAUUGCCUCUCGCCGUCAUCGGUUGCAAGUUCCACCGCCGCGCAUCGCCCUCUCGCAAUUCUCUCGCAAUUCUCUCACCACGCCCUUCACCCCCUCACGGCCGGUCGCACAAUCCAAUGCGCAGCUGCCCUUCCCGCGGCCAAGUCUGGUUGUAACCCUUCUAGCUUUGUUCCGUAAAGGUGUACAGACAGGAACUGUAACCAGUCUUGAUCGAACAAACGAUGUCGAAAACAAUUCUUGCAUAUUUCUCGCCGCGGACACGGGCACAGACAUCUGGGACAGGGGAACAAGCUGCAGGCGUGGAUAAUGUCCGUCACGUCAAUGAUGCUGCCGAGCCGCAACGGAAGUCGUCACGUAAAAGGCGCUCGCCUUCUGGAGAGGUAGAGGAUCGUCCUCGGAAAUUUGUUCGCAGGUUCAAGCACGUUGAGAUCGCGAUCAAAAGUGCGAACAGCACUGUUGACACACAACCUGAAAACAACUCGCUGCCCACUCCUCCCGAGAGCGUCACCGCCCGGCCCCAGCGCCGGCCACGAGUUUCAAAUUCACCCAAGCAAGCAGUGCCCACCCGAUCACGGCGGGCGAAGCAAAUCAACUACGCAGAAUCGUCUCCUCCAUCAGACAGUGGCGAAGGUGACGACGCUGCCGAGGAAUUCGACGAAUAUCUGUCUGAAGGAAACCAGGAUGAGGACAACUACGACGAAGACGUGGAGUCGGCUGAAGAGUUGAUACUUGAAAGUGAGAGGUCAUCAGCCGAAGAGGAAAGCGAUGUCGGCAUGGAUGUCGAUAUGGAUGCUGAGGUCGUCAGCAAGCCUGCGAAGCGAAACCAGUCUAAACGAGUCAAAAUCCCACGCGAUGGCACCGACCAUAAAGGAUUAGAUCUGAACAGACCCCCAUUGUCAGACCUGAACAGCAUCUUCACAGAGAUCACUAGCAGGGCUCUGAGCGAGGGACUUGGGAACACUUUGGAGAUUCUCGAUGGAAGGGAGUUACGUGUCGCGACGAUGUGCUCAGGCACCGAGAGCCCUCUCCUCGCCUUGCAGCUGGUAUCGGAAGCUCUCAAACGACUAGGAAUCUCUACACCAUUGCGGCUCAGACACCUCUUCAGCGCUGAGAUUGUCCCCAUCAAACAGGCCUUCAUUGAACGAAACUACAGCCCGCCCAUCAUAUUCCGUGAUGUCCGGGAAUUGGUUGAGCCUCAGGCUCAAACGCAAGGAGCAACAAACGUCUACGGCGCAAAGGUACAGGUUCCUGGAGACGUCGACUUACUGGUUGCUGGUUUCUCUUGUGUUGAUUAUUCGAACCUCAACCAAAAGAAGAAGGCUGCAGGUGAAAAGGGAGAGUCCAAAGACACAUUCGAGGCUAUUUGUGCGUACACACGUGCCUGGAAACCAAAAAUUAUUGUCUUGGAGAACCUGUACAGCGCUCCUUGGUCCUACAUCAAGAGUUGCAUGAAGGACGCUGGAUAUGUCACUGAGUUCACCCGCGUCGACACGAAAGACUACUACCUUCCCCAGACUCGUGCGCGGGGAUAUGCUGUCUGCCUCCUCAAGGAAGCACAUCCACGAGCUGCAGCUGCAGUAGAUAGAUGGGUAGACCUGAUGGACUGGUUUAAACGACGUGCCUCAGCUCCUGCUAGUGCCUUCCUUCUGCCCACGGACGAUGAACGGGUGUACCAGUACAAUGCGGAAUUGGCCAGACAAAUCCGCGAUACAGCAAGAGACCGCACGGUCCAAUGGGAUGCUUGUCGUCUCCGUCACGAGAAGGUCAGGAACAAGGAGGAACUCGGAGACAAAAGACCGAUCACAGAAUGGGUCGAUGGCGGCACCUGCGUCUCUUUCGAGCAUGCUCACAAGCUCUGGCUUUCAAAACAAGUCGAGCGCGUUUGGGACGUAAUCGACAUCAGACACCUAAGAGCCGCAAGAGCCGGGUUUGAUCCUUCCUUUAAGACAAUGAUCAUGGAACUCUCGCAGAACAUCGACAGAGGCGGUGAAACGGCCUUCGGCCUCUGCAGCUGCAUCACGCCGUCCGGGAUCUUUUUCAUUUCUGACCGAGCAUCUCCGUUAACUCCACACGAAUUGCUGGCAUUGCAAGGCAUUCCAAUCAACAAGGUUACGUUCACGGUGGAGACAGACCAGCAAAUACAAGACCUUGCUGGCAAUGCCAUGAGCUGCACAGUUAUUGGUAUCGCGCAACUUUCGGCACUAAUUGUAGCCGGAAGCAUGCUACAGUCUGAUUCGGCAUGUCUGUCCGACGCUCAGCUCCUCGAAACUGAACAGCGCUGCAGAACCGAACGUCUCUGUGGAGUUGAACACCUCCGCAAAGCUAUCGAGCAAGGUGUUUCUAGUUCGGGCAAUCCGGACGACCUGGACUUUGCACGACUUUGUGCAGAAGCAGCUGAAAGCAGCCGUCGUUGCCGUUGCGAAGGCCAAACCACACUCACUAGGAACCGAAUGUUCGCCUGCGAUCACUGCGGUCAUACUGUUUGUUCUGCAUGUAGGAGCAGACCCUUACACAACUUUCGGAUGACAGAGAUUAUGAAGCGGAUGAACCCCGGGGAGUUUGAGCUUAGAUGGAAGCCCGUCUUCCCCGUCUCCAUCGAACUAGACAACCUUCCUGACCCCACCCAGUUCGGCUUGGAAGAUCACUCUUUGACGCUAAAGCAUUGGAAGAGAGCGGAGCAUUGGACCGUCCGCUAUGAAUCCGCGACUGCAAUCUUAGAACUUGUUCUUACCCAGCAGCCAGAAUGGAAGCUGUACGCAAAGCCGCCCGCUAACUUGCCUGCAAAUGAUCCGGUGCGCAUGCAACUCGAACAACCCGUCGCGCGGGCUUGGCUGUCGCCAGACUUCCUCACUUCGACUACAGCCGCAGACCGUAAGUGGUCAAAGAACUGGAAAUGGUUUGUCCCAUCCAAGCAAAAGUUUGAGGUUCAAAUCGAAUCCAGUCAAGAGAUGGACCCGUCCUGGCGCGCAGAGUACGGGCUGAAAGGCUUUGAAGAUGAGCAAAUCCCAAAGCGUCUCACAGUUAGCGCGAUUAAAGUUCCUGGAGACAUUAAAGGGAUCUAUGAGCAUCUGUCCAACUGUGGAACAGCAUGUCGAUCGUUGUAUCGGAGGGUAUCACGGUCAGACAAGCCGGAAUCGGAGCUAGAGCCUUUAUAUCUGUUCUUAGACCCCACACGCCUCGGCCCAGUAAACCAAGACGCAUUCGUAUUCGCUCGCCACCAUAGACAACUAGAAUAUGACGAAACGAGGGAUGUUGUCGUCUCUCUGGACGCUGGUUGGCGGCCUUGGAGGCAUGCUUGGGAAUGGGACGGCGAUAGAGCCGAUUUGUCUACCUCAGGCUUUAUACCAGGUACCUGGAUGGAUAGCGAGACUUCAAUUCGCCAAAGAGAAGCUGAUUUGCUGGUGAACAGUCCAGCAGGCAACCCAGCAUGGAAUGAGCCCGCUUAUGUCGACAGCUGCUCCGAUUACUUGGCUCUGCUUGACGCCAGGUUCCACGAAAGGGGAGAUACCGGUAAGAAUAGGACUUACAAGCUAAGCGAUGAAAGCGGCAGGGCGAUGUUCGACAGUUUCUCUUGGGUCUUGGAAAAAAUCCGCCACAUCCCAUUUCUCGGUGACUGGAGGCCUUUGCAGACUUUGUCGGCAGGCGCAUCUCGCUGUCAAUGCUGCUCUCCCAACACUCCUUCAGUCCAAUGGAGAUACGAAAUGAUUGGCAAAAAGGCCAUUUUGAUCCCUCAAGAAGAACCGACCGAAGCCAGUGCCUUUGAAAAGGCAAUCAAAAGCCGGCCGCACAUCGUGGACAUGGCAGCCACGGUUGAUGAGUAUAGUCAAGAGUGCCAUUUGCAAGCAGGCAUCAACAUUCUAUCUCUGGCACACCGCGCUCAUGGAAGGCUUGUUCAUGGUCAAUCUGAUAGCAUGCCAGUCACUCUGUCCUGGAAUUUAACCACAGAAUUUGCACAUGAGAGAGACCUGCAACUUCCUCCUUUCCGCUUGACAAACAACGCUCAGGACGCGCCACAUUCCCAGCCUGAAGGUUUCGGGCUAACGCUUAAUCCUGCGCAAUGCCGCUCGUUGACGUGGCUUCGACAACAAGAACAUGGUGUUCCUUUCACGGUUGAAGAAGUAGAAGAAGAAAUUGUUGACUCUCUUCGAUGGAAAGUGGAAGCCAAAGCGGAAACGGAGGUUGUAGUGAAAGGAGGCGUGAUCGCCGAUCAAGUCUCCUACGGCAAGACUAUCAUCACUCUGGCGUUGAUACAUUCUGCCUUCUUGAACCUCCAGCCUUCCGCUCCGUCAGUGGAAUUGCCGUCGACCGCAGCGCCGACAACAUUCACUGGGCGCAAUGCAGGUCUGCUCAAAUCGGAAGCGACUUUGAUCGUUGUUCCCAAUAACAUCACCGGCCAGUGGAGAGACCAAGUGGACAACUGUCUGCCUGCACACCAGUAUAAGCCAUUUGUGCUGGUUAUCGAUACACCCAAAAUCCUUCGCGAUCUGAAGAUCAAGGGCAUCCUGAGAGCCAAGAUCAUCAUUGUUCCAUUCAGCUUGUUUGAGAAGGAUGAAUACGCAGAGCGCCUCGGGCAAUUUGCAGCCAUGCCCCAGAAGCCCAACGGUGAUGGUCGCGCCUUCACGGAUUGGUUUAAGUUCUCUCUCGGCCGCUUUCCUCAGAGGUUGAAAGACCUGAAGGGGCAGGGUGUAAAACUGUUUAAUCAUAACUUGCCAUCCCAGUUGGAGGAGACCUUGAAUGACCAGCGGUUCCAAGGCCAAAUUCCGACUCAGAGAUUAAAGGGCAUCAAAUACAAAGGCUUUGCGGAAGCAAAUGGUCCCAAAACCAUAAAAUCCAAGCCUACGAAGGCUAAAUCCACAACUAAGGCCUGUGCUGCACAAGAUGAUUGGGAAGACUUUGAUUUCCCGGUUCUUCACCUCUUCAACUUCGAUCGCUUGGUUGUCGAUGAAUUUACUUACCCAAAGUCGAUGGGUUAUACCUCGCUGAUCAACCUUGCCGCCGACAAGCGCUGGGUACUUUCUGGAACCCCGCCUUUGGACGACUUUGCAGACAUCAAGCGCAUCGGCGCCUUCCUUGGCAUCAACCUCGGCAUUGACUGCGACGCUUAUGGUGUGAUCACUCGCAAGAAUGCCAAAGAGAUCUUGAAGGAACAAACAGCCUUUGAACAAUUCCAAAACUUCCGCCAGAAACGGUCUUCUGUUUGGCACGAACGGAGGCAUCAGCACGCACAACGGUUCCUCGACGUUUUCGCCCGUCAGAAUUUUGCCAACCUCGACGUGGAGUGCGCAGAAUUCCUCAGGCCGGUUCAGCUACACCUCGAUCAUCGUGCUCUGUACAAGGAACUUAAUCAGCAUUUGGCUGCCAGAGAGAUGAGGAUAACGCAUCCGUCAAAAUAUGACUGCGGCGAUCGGCUUGAGAACUUUAAGGCCUCCCUCCAUCAGCAAGAAACUGCCGAAGAAGCUUUGUUGAUGCGUGCCAAUUUUAAUCCACUCAGCGUGUCUAAGUCCGACCAAUCUGCUUGCGUCGAGAUGAUUUAUCGACGGGAGGCGGAUCUGGACGCUGUGAAGAAAGAGCUCGAAGAACAACUUCUUUGUGCGGAAACCCUCAAGAGACAGUGUCUGUCAGGUGAGACAAAAUACUCUGAAUGGAGGCAGAGGAAGUUGGGUGAAUGGACCGGCGACCCGAAGGUCGCGCAUGAUCUCAGAAAGAUGAUAGCCAACGCGACCGAGCAGGUGAAGGACAAACCCAAGAUGAGGCAUGUGAGUCCGGCACAUGCACAAGAAGAGCUGAGAAAGCUUGUUUCAUUCAAGAUUUCCACGCUGGAAAGGCGAUUUGUGGCCUUGAGGCGUGCAUUGCGCUAUGCACGUCAUCUCAAGAAAAUUCACCAAGAAGCGAAUGAGGAGAGCACCAUUGUUUGCGAGGGCUGUUCGAGCGUGGCGCAAGCGGUAGGCUCGGCCGUGUUUGUCGGUUGUGGACAUGUUGCUUGCGAAGGCUGCGUGUCAACCAGUCUCAGCACGGGCAUGUGCCAGGUCAGCGGCUGCAGCAUGUCUAUUGACGUCAACCACAUUCUGAAGACCGAGGACCUGGCAAGUGUCGAAGACCUCACUGUAAAAGGCCAUCGGAGCUUCGGCCAGAAGCUUGACGCCGUGCUCGACCUUUUGGAAGAAAUCGCGCAGCAGCCGACGCUCUCAGAGAAGGACUUUGGAAACAAGACGCACGAGAACAGCGGCGGGCAGGCCAUCUUAUUCGUCCAAUCCUACCAGAUGAUGAAGAACGUCAAGCUCGCUCUCAACGGCCGCGGCAUCUCUUACUACGCCAUCGACCGCAAGGGCAGCGCGUCCAAAGAUAUCCAACAAUUCAAGACGCACGUCUUUGAUACCGACAAGCACUACCGACGUGUCCUGCUUCUCAACUUAGGCGACGAAUCUGCCUCGGGCAUGGACCUCGUCAACGCCAACCACGUCAUCUUCCUCUCGCCGCUACUGACGGACACCGAGACUAAGUACCAUGCGGCGAUGACGCAGGCCGUGGGACGCUGCCGGCGACACGGGCAGAAGAACGCCGUCCACGUUUAUCGCUUCGUGGCACUGCAGACCGUCGAUGUGGACAUCCUUGAGCAGCGCGAGCGUCUACACCCGGACAAUGCGCUGCAAGAAAGCGGGACCGACUGGCGCGGCGUGGACCUCGCGUCGCCUGAGUACGCGGAGUUUGAGCGCACACGGCUGGUGGAGGAUCUUGAGGGAGGAAUGGCACUGGUGCCGCUCUCGUGGGUAAAGGAAUCUGGCAGAGUGGAGGCAGAGCGACACGGCGUGCACUUGGGAGACGGCGAACUGAGACGGUUCAACUCGUUGGUGCGGUUCUCAGACACCUUUGCCGAGGAGGCGUUAUAGUUGGAACUUGGCUGCUGCGACUGCUGGUGCCGUUCCAGACAUUUUGGGAUGCCGUCGGAGCGGGGCGGCUAUUUUGUGUGUUUCGGGAGGAGCGAGCGGGACCUGCCUGCUGUGUUGGUUUAUUUUGUUUGGAACGCGGAUACCCCCUUCUUGUUAGUAUAUAGUUAGUUGGCUUUAGAGCGGAGACGGAGCGAUUCUUGGAAGAUGGCGAAUCAGUGGCUGGGCUGCGGUUCGGUCUCUUCUUUCUUGUAGAGUAGGGUCUUAGAGGCUGAGAGUUUGGGCCUAGAGAAUUAUGGAGUGCAU